UUAAAUACAUUUCGGUGUAGUGUUUGGUAUACAAUUUCGGCAAAAUAUUGUUUUUGAAAUUAUUGUUUUUAUUUUAUUUUAUUUUUUAAUCCAUCUUAACAAUGUCGAAGGGGCGAGGACCUUUGUCUGCAUUGUAUAACACGGUCAUCAAUUCGGUUGACAAGGUGGUGCCUCAAGUAGCGCGACCUUUUUGGGAGGCUCCGGCAGGUCCGAAAACUGUAUUCUUUUGGGCGCCACUCGGCAAGUGGACACUUGUUUUGGCCGGGUUGAGUGAUCUGUUGAAUCGGCCACCGCAAGUGGUAUCUGUGAAUCAAUCGGGUAUUCUGGCAACAACGGGCUUAAUUUGGUCGCGUUAUUCCUUUGUCAUAAUACCCAAGAACUACAGUUUGCUUGCAGUCAAUUUGGUUGUAUUUGCAACUCAAGGCUGGUUGGUUGUCAAGGCGCUGCGUUGGCGCCGUGAAAACGAAAAGAAGAACGCCGAGUUCAGACAUCCUUAUUAUCCUCGUACCCGGUCAGACGAUGACUGGUAAAUGCUAAAUCGAAUGUUAAAAUAAAAUUUUAAAAUAAAAGACGAAUGCCCCUAAA